CUCCAAUCGGUCUGUCUAAUUCCAGGAAGUGUUGUACAGGGUGUUAAAGCUCCGCAGAUAAUGGCCAAAUUUACCUGACCAAAACAGCUGUCAUAAAGACUUUUAACCAUAUUCACUCUCUUCGUUAUUACACGAGCUACAUCCAGUUUCGUGUCCAUCAGCGGUUCAUUUGUUGGGAUCCUUCUUUGACUGGCAGGAUCGUCUGAAGCGAAGAGCCGUCCUGGGCGUGUUUGCUCUAAGAUCAGUGUAUUUGCUGUGCAUGGCCCUUGGUGUGGGAGCACCAUGAGUGGGGAGCCGGAUGCCUUGGCUGUGGUGAAUCAGCUGAGGGACUUAGCUGCUGACCCCCUCAACAGGCGAGUUAUUGUUGAAGAUCAAGGCUGUUUGCCAGGCCUCAUUCUCUUCCUCGACCACCCCAACCCACAAGUGGUCUACUCUGCGCUCUUGGCGGUGCGCUACCUGGCAGAAUGCCACGCCAACAGGGAGAAGAUGAAGGGCGAGCUGGGAAUGAUGCUGAGCCUGCAGAACGUCAUGCAGAAGAGCACGUCGCCAGGCGAGACGAAGCUGUUAGCCUCUGAGAUCUACGAGAUCCUGCAGAACUCCAGCAGUGCGGAGGCCGAACAGGCGGGAGCGUCCGCCUCGUGCCGAAGGAAAGCUCAGUUUUUCCUGGGCGGCACGAACAAACGGGCCAAAACGGUGGUGCUUCAGAUCGACGGGCUUGAUGAUUCGACUCGGAGGAGUCUGUGUGAAGAGGCACUGCUAAAGAUCAAAGGAGUCAUCAGCUUUACCUUCCAAAUGGCUGUGAAGAGAUGCGUGGUGAGGAUCCGUUCGGACCUGAAGGCCGAGGCCUUGGGAACUGCUAUAGCUUCAACCAAAGUCAUGAAGGCACAGCAGGUAAUGAGGGGGGAAGACGGAUCAGAGAUUGUAAUCCCAUUCCAAGAGGACUCGGAUGUGGUGGUCGAGCAGAACAUGAAUUUGCCGGAUUAUCUGCCCGAGGACGAGAGCCCGUCUCAGGAGCAGCACAAGGCCGUGACGCGACUGGGCUCGGUGCAAGAUGGCGUGACCUGGCUAAGCACGGCCGCCAACUUCCUGUCCCGCUCAUUUUACUGGUGACCCGACGACUCCCCGCAUGUCCCGCCUCUUUACGGACUGCUGAGCGCAUCUCGCAAUAAACUUAUAACCGUGUU